ACCUGCUAGAUAGACGGACACGCCGAGGCAGAAUAAACCUAUGGCCACAUGCCGCACAGCACGACUGUCCAACAGAAACCAGUCCGCCCUACAGAGGCAGAAAAGAUUAAAAACUUCGCUGGUGCAACAAUGGACUUUUCACUCGGAUUCUCCGACACAAUGCGACGACUCGUCCCAGAGAGGUCUAGCUCCCAAGUAGCAUAUAUUCAGAAAAACAAAGCAAUGGGGAGAAAGAAAAUACAGAUCUCACGUAUUAUGGAUCAACGAAACCGACAGGUGACGUUCACCAAACGCAAGUUUGGUUUGAUGAAAAAGGCGUACGAGCUGAGCGUGCUGUGCGACUGUGAGAUCGCCCUCAUCAUCUUCAAUAGCACGAACCGCCUGUUCCAGUACGCCAGCACCGACAUGGACAAGGUCCUCCUCAAAUACACUGAGUACAGUGAGCCUCAUGAGAGCAGGACCAACACAGACAUCUUGGAGACGCUGCGCAGGAAAGGCCUCGGACUGGACGGAGCCGAGCUGGAGCACGACGAGAGCAUGCAGGUGGGCGGGGAGAAGUACCAGCUCAGCGAGGGCAUGGACCUCUCAGUGGCACGCCAGCGCUUCUACGCCCCCGCCCUCCUCCCAGCCGAGGCCCAGGCGCUGAUGAACUCCGGCUGUGAGAAUGGGUACCCCAACGUCUCCAACUCAGGCUUAGGGGCCCACCGGCCUCCCGCCUUCAAGCCUCUCGGCCACAGAUCCGGCACCACCAGCCCUGCUGGUCCAGCGACCCACCCGGGUUUCAUCACACCACACUCAGGCAUUGGCUACUCGAUGUUCUCCCAUGGCAACAUGAGCAGGGCCCUGGAGAUGAAGUCGUCGCCGCCGCUGAACCUCGGCGGGGACAGUCGACGCAUGGAGGCCCCGCCCGGCGCGCGCUCCAACCUGACCAAUAGAGUGGUCUAUCACAGCAUGCAGCCUGGCAAUCACAUGGUAUCCAUGGGGAAGGCAGGGCUGCUUGGUCACGGCCUUGCAGGAUAUGGACCCUCUGAGUACACGCGCCCAGGUUUCCCUCACUCUGCGGGUAGGGAGCGUGGAUCCAUGGGCCCCUGGCAGCAGAUGCAACAGCACGAAUCUCACCUGCCUCAUAUUAGCCAAGGCAUAUCCGUGGGAGGGUACUCCCAAACCUCCACACCCCCGUCUCCCUCGACCUCCUCGCUCAACCUCAGCAUCAAGUCGGAGCGCGCCUCCCCCGAGCACAUCAGCUCUCCGACCACACCCACGCCACACCACAUGGGGCCCUGUUCUCCAAUCGGCAGCCACCCUCCCCACGAGGGCCACUCCGCCAUGGGCAGGGAUGGUGGCACCUACCCGUCGCCACACCUCGUGGCCAGGAGCCUCUCGGAGGAGAAAGGGGACCCUCCCCUGAGGCAGAUAGAGAGCAAUGGCGGGUGGCAGAGAUAACAGUGGGCAGGUAAACCCAGCUACCUCCCCACAGCAGCCACACAUUAUCUGUCUACACAGUGGGUUGGGUUAAUGGGGCUGGUAGCGAUACGGGCAGGCUUACACCACAGCAGUUAUUCUGCAAGCUCUUGACGACAGACACGGGCUUUUCAGUGGUAUUUUUUCAAAGGUGUGUUGCGUGGAUGACGGGGUAAUGAGCCCUGUGAGGGGUUGAUGCCGCUGAGGGAGGGACGAGGGACUACUGGGCCCCACAACAGUGUUCCCAUGUGAGCAGUGUGCAGCAAACACAGCGAUCAAUAUUUCCAAUACAACUCGGAGCGCAAAAAUGAAGGUAUAUGUUUCAUGUAUAGGUCUCACAACUUUUUUUUAAAAUAUAUAUGUAUUUUGCUCUCAGUGACCAUCAGUGGUGUGCAACAAUGCCUUCCAAAACAAUGUGCUCGGAUGGUGAAAUGCAACAAAUGUAUUUCUGUGUGAAAAAAAGAGAAUAAUUUUUAUGAACAUCAGGUUCUUUCUCAGGGAUUUUCCAUAUUCUGAAAUGGUUUAAUCGAGAAUGAGCAUAGUAUAUUUUGUCUUCUUUUUCUAAAUGUUUUAUACUCUUGCCUAAAUAAUUAAGUUCAAACUCCUGAAUUUGAAGGAAGACCAAAGGUAUGUCUUUAGGAUAUAUUUGCAUAAGUACAGCUUUGUUUGUGUUAAUUUGUGUCUGAUGCAAGUUGUUAUCAAUGCAGGAAAUGCAACCUGAAGGCAGAAAUGUAUGUAAACAUGUCGAAGGUGGACAACACCCUCUAGUGGUAGGGAUGAAUACAGUUCCUCACAUUCAAGCUAUUUUGGACAGCAUAUGCCUAUUUGAAACCUCUGCUAUGACGCUUGCAUGCACUUUAAAGUUUUGAUUUAGCCUAGGCUGCAGUGUUUUGCUUUCAGUCUGGUCAUCUAGUUAUUGGUGCAGAGACGUAUUGUUAUGUUUUCCCUUUUUCACACUCUCUCCCUUGUUUUCAUACUGUAAUCCAUCCGGUCUGUUUGCAACCCAUAAUUUACUUUUUCCGUGCUCAGAAUAGAGGCCAUGUAAUAAGACUGUUUCACACAAAAUGAGUGUAACUGAAAAGCCUCCAACUUCAUAUCCUGAAUAGAUUGAUUCACUGUAUUGUCCACUAGGGGGCACCAUAAGUCAAUGUCUGUAACGUGUGCAGAGAAGUAACAGGGGUUCUGAUUACAUGGGAUUGCCUCAGGACAUGUUUAAGAAUUUAUGUGUAUUCAUUGUAAUACAGUUUUUCCAUGUCAAAAUACAAUUUUGCCCUAAUAAAAUGUUCCUUUUUCUUACAAGAA